AUGAAAAUCAAGAAAACCCCACCAAAGAAAUUAGCGGCACCCAUACCGCCAAUCAAAAGUCUUAUUCAAAAGCUCAGUGAAUGUCGCGAAGAGGAAAUACCAGUCAUAGUGGAUUCUAUUAAAGAAUGGAGUUAUUCAAGAGGAGAUCUCUUUCACUGGAUUACUGUAUUGAACCGCUUCGAUAGCAUUCUUGAGAAUAUUUGUCAAAGUUAUAAACUUAAAAAAUUGCAGGCAGAAAACUUCAAUGAGGAAACGCGAAGCGUUUUAUUGGCUAUAUUAAAAUUUUCUCGAAUGUUACUGGAAAAUUGCACAAACAGAAACUUAUACAGUUCAUACGAGCAUCUCAAUGACUUGUUGUAUACAAGUGAUUUAGGUGUUUUGGAGGUGUUGUUGCGUUUGAUACUCCGACCUGCACAACGUCUCAGUAAUCAACGUGCUCUUCGUACCAAUUUUACCAUUUCUCAAGAACGUAUUUUAACUUUGGUCCAUAGUUGGGGCACAAAAGAAUAUGAUAUCGAAAUGGCGCAGCUUGCGUCCGAAGAAGUUAAAAUCCCAGAAGAAUUGACAACCUUAAAUUAUCAAUUUUAUCGGCGUUUAACACCAUCAGAAGCUGCUGAAACCACAGGUGAAAAGAAAAAUGAAACUGCUGGGACUGCUACCUCCACACCUCAAAAAGGAAAAAGGAAAGAUAGUGCUUCAAGUAUUGGCGGAGCUAAAGCUGGAGAAGGUGUUGCUUUGAUUUCAAUUAAUAACAUCCAUCAGUUUGGAAAGACUGAUAUGGACAUUUUAAACAAUGUUAUUGAAGAAUAUAAUAUUCCCGAAGAAUUUCACUAUGCUCUUUUAAAUCGAAUUCGAAUUGUUACCAGUAUUACGUCAACCGAAUCUCGACGAAAAUUCUUAAUAAUAAGAACACUUGCUAUUGCUAUUAUGGCUCAUGUCAUCCCCGAACAUAUUGCCCAAUCCAAAUUAUUUUUAUACGAACCUGAUAUCGUUGCAAAUCUUGCCGAGUUUGUUCAUCCAGAUAGAAAUAUACCAAUCGAAAUCCAAACAGUUGCAUUUUAUGCAUUGGAUGGAAUCAGUCGAUAUCGUUCAAAACUUGGUGAAGUAUUAUCCGCCAUUAAUGCGGCAGCUAAUCACGGUAUUUUGCUUUACGUGUUGCGGAGAGUAAUUGCCGAUCUGGAUAGCGAAAAUCAAUAUUAUGACGCGGUAUUUGCUUUAAUUUCCUAUUUUAUCACUUCACAAACCGGUGGAACUAUGUUGAUUUCAGCAGGAAUAGUUCCGACCUUGUUACAAUUGUUAAACAAUAAAAAUCCACAGCAAUCAAAGAAUAUAACAAAAGUUGUCAGUAUAUUGGACAGCCUUGUGUAUGGAUUCAACCCUUCAUUUACCUCAUUCUGUAACGCUAAUGGAGUUCGUAUAUUGGUACAAAGGAUAAAUGAAGAAGUUGGUUUUGGUAUCCAGUUAUUAGGUGACAAUCAAGGAGACUUUAUGGAAGAUGUAACGAUUGCAGGGUCUUCAACCUCAGCGAAUCCACCAGUUACUGAACCUGCAAUCACCGAAAUUACUCUUCCUUAUGAAAAAUCUUCUUUAUUGAAGUCUAUGUUUAAAUUUGUUUUACAUAUGAUGCAAUCAGCUGGUACUGCUGAUGGAUUGCGAAAUCUCAUCGACACAUCUCUUCCAGAUUCAAUUAAAAAGGUCUUUGAACAACCUAAAGUAUUCGGAAGCAGUAUAUUUGCACUUGCAAUCAAUAUUAUUGCAACUUUUAUUCACAAUGAACCGACUUCACUUCCAAUUAUGCAAGAGGCUAAGCUUCCACAAACUUUUUUAAAGUCUAUCGUAAAAGAAAUUCCUGCUUCAGUGGAUGUAAUUCAAUCUAUUCCUAACGCAUUCGGUGCUAUAUGCUUGAAUUCACAAGGAAUGGAAAUUUUUACUCAGAUGAAUCCGAUAGACAAAUUUUUUUCAAUUUUUACAUCAACUGAACAUUUGCGUUCUCUUCAAGAUGGCGACGUUGCGUCAGUGUUGGGUACAAAUAUUGAUGAAUUGAUGAGACAUCAUCCAAGUUUGAAACCAAAUAUCAUGAAUGCAAUAAUGACUACACUUCAGCGUAUAUUAGAACUUGGACGGAGUGAUUCCACUAUGGUUAAUGAUGAUACUAAUAUAUUACAUUCUGGAACGGAUGAUGAUCCCGUUCAACCAGAAAAACGAGUGGAAUCUGAGUCAACCGAUAUUACUAUGUGUGAUGUUGAUUCUGUUAAACCUGAAGAGAAAAAAGAGAAUAUUAUUGUUUCGUUUAUUGAAAUUGCUGCAAAGUUUUUGGAAGGUCUUUUCCAAACUCCAAACCAUUGCAAAGAUUUUCUCAGACAAGAAAACGGGUUAAAUAUUAUUCUUAAAUUCUACGCAUUACCAACAGUCCCAUAUGAUUUUGCAAGUUCGCAAGCCUCAUAUUCUCUCUCUCAUUUAAUGAGAGUGAUUGCUGUUGUUGAUUCAAAGAGAAGUGUUACAGCAAUUAUUAGUGCACUUAACGAAGCAUUCCAAGGAGCAACAAAUUUCCUAAAUCAUGACGGAAAGGGUGGUCUUCUCGCUGAUUACAUUGAUCUCAGAACAAACGAUGCUGCUAAAGUUGAAGAAGCCAACAAAACCUUCAGAUCAUUAAUAACUUUACACGGUUAUAUUGGACUACUUUCUGAUGUCUAUUGCACACCAGUUUUCUCUCACGGGAAAAAUGCGUCAUCUGUAAUUGAAGCUUUCGUUGGAAGCGACAGCGAAGUAAUACCUUCACUAGGAAAAUUGCAUCGAACGUGUGUUUGGGAGAAUGUUAUCUUAAAAUCAUCUGUACCAAAGUCAUGGUAUGCAUCACAAUCAAAACCAAAAAAACCGUUUAGUCUUCCUGAAAUUUCAGCGAUUUCGGCAUUAUUGGACGAAAGUGACAAAGAUAUAACUGAUGCAAAUGAACCUCCCGUUGACCAGAAUAAUCGUCAAGUAAAAAACGCAAAAUAUUUUAAAUUUUUGGUGUCUCAAAUUCCUUCUUGUUUGACUCCAUUAUUUCAAGGUUUGGCCAAAAUGCUUUUCACACGCAAACAACCAGAUGCGAGCCAAAAAGCAUUGGCUUUCAAAGUAUCCAACUCUAUUGCUGAGGUCCUUCGUGAUCAUUUAACCUGGUCUCGUUAUUCCCUUGAUAGCGAAACUGAUUCUACAAAUAAGUACAAUUACCUCACCGUCAUGCUUGGACUUCUAUCAUUACUAUUUCUUGAUGAACGAAAUCAAAUAUCUCUUCAGACAAUGCUAGUUCUCUCGUUUGUUGAUAAAGCUGAUGGGUUGGAAUGUGUAUUCACACUCUUACGACAGUUCUGGGAAGAAGCAGAGGCUAUUAAAGCUUUUGAAGAGUAUUCGACUAUUGAAGCAGAUGACAAAUCAAAAAACAAGCUUACAAGAAUUCACGGAUGCAUCGAAGUUACACUUAAUUUCUUUCAAUUUGUGGCUUCAUCUAAAUUUCUACACGAUUCAGCUCAAACAACUUCCAUAUCAUCAAAAGAUCGUGAGCCUCGUUUCGAUCCCUUCGAAUUUCUCGUGAAUGUUCGAGCAAAAAUCCUUCCUGUAAUUCAUGAACUUUGGUUAAGUUCUUAUUUGACGAAAGCUCCACCAAAUAUUUUAAGAUCUGUUGUACAAAAUUUAGUUCAAAUUUUAAAAGCUGAAGGAGAAGUGAAUCAACGACCAGAAGGAUCUAGUAAUUUAUCAGCUCCAUCUUCAUUGUUUGGAAGAAGUCUUAUUCCAGAUGAAGACAGAGUUCAGCAGUUAAUUGAUAUGGGAUUCCAACGUUCUAACGCAGAAACAGCGCUUAUAAGAUGUAAUAAUCAUGUCGAAACGGCUGCAGAAUAUUUAUUGACUCAUCCACACACAAUAGCAGCUACAAUAUUUUCCGAAGCUCAAACGGUCGAAACUGGUCGUGAUUCAACAAACAAUACAGCUACUACUGUUGGUAAUGCACCAGCUGAAACAAAUACCAUCACUGGUUCAAAUUUUGAUAUUACUGGAGUUUCUGGCGAUGACGACGAAGAAAUAUCUGAUAAUGAUGAAGGUAAUAUGGAACAUGCAGAUGUUUUAGCUCAGGCGUUGGCAUUAUCAAUGCAAGAUGGUCAAACUGCGGAACGAUCUAACACUAGUGAGACAACUGUUCCUAUGGAAACAGAACCUACUACUUCAAAGAAAAGCGACAAAGGUAAAGGAAAAGAAGUCGCUUCUGUAGAUCAAUUUAAAUCUCUUAGAGAAGAACUAAAAGCAAAUGCAGCUAAUAGAGCUAUUGAAUUAUUGGAUCAUGUUGAAGAAGUUAUUUUUGAAGUAAAAGAUUUAUUUGUCCUUCUAAGCAAAGAUAAUGUUGAGAAAACUAUUGAAUUGGUAAUAAAAAGUGUUGAGCAUGCUCGCGGACAAUCUGAAGAACUACGCAAAAAAGCUUUAAGCUCACGAUUACGUUUAUUGGCUAUGUUACUAAACGAAACGAGUAUUCAAGGAAAAAUCUCUCAUUUACCAUUCAAUAUAUUUUCAGAAAUGUUAUCCAUGAUUGCUGAACAAUCCUCGCAACCUUCUGAAAGUAGUUUACCUAAAUGGUUAGCACCAGCUUUGUUAGUUAUAGAAUCUUUUAUAUCUUUAUCAGAUGAACCAACAAGUGUAGAAUUAAAUCUGUUACAAUCUAAACUUGAAGAAUCAGAAGCGAUUGCCACGGAAAAUAAUUCUUCACCAACAGAUAAACAUCGUUCAAAUUUACUUGAAUACUGUUUAACAUUCAUGAAACGUAAAGAUCUUGACAAAGAUAUUGUUAAUUCAUUACUUCGAAUCUUGGUGCGAUUAACUCGACGUCAUCUUGAUGCAACCGAAUUUGUUAAUAAGGACGGAUUAUCAUUACUUUUUAAUGCUUUCAAACCACGAGCUCAUGAUUUUCGUGGACAACAAAUAUUCAUUGUUAUGAUAUUGCGACAUGUAAUAGAGGAUGUUUUUGUGUUAGAAUCUAUUAUGGAAAGAGAAAUCAAAAACUGGUUUACAAAUCAUCGACCUCGGGUGAUUGAUAUCAAUGGUUACCUUCGAAAUACUGCGCAGUUUGCAUUGCGAAAUCCUGAACUAUUUGUUCAAUCCACAAAGAAACUUUGUAAAUUAACAAGGUAUGAACCUGGUAGAAGUAGUCAGCAUCAAAUAACCUUGAUUAAACAAGAACCUGAGGAUACUAGUAAUACAACGAAUAAGGAUAAUACCGUUAAUGAAGAAGAAAUGACGGAUGCAGUACCUUCAACAUCAACAUUUGAAUCGCCUAAAAAAUUAUCUUUUGGAUCCGAAGUUGCAGAAAAUUUAAUUCAUUUCAUAGCAAAUGAAUUGAUUUCUAUACGUAAUAUUCAAACUACUGCACUUCAAGAAUCAAAGCCAACUGAUACUACACAUGAACAACAAAAGAAUACCGAGUUUGUUAAUUCCGUUAUUACAAAUAAUAACGAUGCCAUCAUUACUAACAAUACUAACAAUGCUAUUAAUAUUAUGGGACCUAAUCAACCACCCUUUAAACCUGAAGAACAUUUGGAUUAUUUAUGUCGUUGUUUCUUGCUUCAAUGCUUGACAGAAUUACUCUCUUCAUAUCCAUCAUGUAAAACUGAAGUCAUAAAUCUCUCCCGUAGAAGGAACAGCGUUGGUCCCGGUACUCCGUUUAAAACAAAAACUCCUUUAUUAAGUUAUCUUUUAAACGAUUUAUUACCAUAUGGAUGUAUUACAUCCUCGACCGAUAUCGAAAUGCGUAAGCGUUAUGGACAAUCUAAAUGGACGACUUCUGUCAUAGUUGCUUUAUGUUCAAAUAUCAGUAAUGAUGUUGAUGAAAAGAAAGUUCAACAUGAAUUGGUACAAGUUCGUAAAUUUGUUUUGGAUGGUAUAAUUCGUUCAUUUAAGUAUGCCAUUUCAUCAUCUGAUCCUAUUGAAACAAAAUAUGGAAGGCUUUUGGCUUUGGCUGAAUUAUGUUAUGCAAUCCUAACCGCACGUACAAAUCCAAGUAAUAAUGCAAACAGACCUAUCGAUGAUGGACCUGCUAGUGUUGCUAAGUUAAUGCUUGAUAAAAAUUUUGUGAACACUUUAACUGAAGCUCUUUCAGAAGUAGAUUUAAAUUAUCCAUCAGCAAGGAUUUUGAUAAGUGCUUUAUUGAAACCAUUCGAAUUUUUAACAAAAAUAGCCAUAAAGUUGGGUCGUGCGCCUGAACCUUCUAAAGAAGAACAAGAACGUCGUAAAAGUAUUUCUUCCAUCUCGACUCCUUCAGCUGAUGAAAUCACACAAGAUGCACCUGAUUUGUAUGCAACUUCUGUACUCGGUGCUCUUGAAGGUAGAAUGGAAAGUGAUGAAAUGGAGGAUGAGGAGAUUAGCACUUCGGAUGAACAAGUAUAUAAUGAUGACGAAUAUGACGAAGAGACCGGUAGUGAUGUUAGUGACGUUAGUGAUGAUAAUGACUUAAACGGAAGUGGUGGCGGUGAUGGAGACGAUAUGGACGUAGAAAUAGUCGUUCGGCAACCAUUGCAUGGUCAUUCAACAAUGUUAGAUAAUCAAAACGAUAAUAAUGACUCCGAAAAUGAAGAUAACAAUCUAGCUCAACAUUUAGAGCAUGAUGAUGAUUCAGACGAUGAUCACCCUGUUCGUAUUCGUCAAGAUGGAGCUGAUCAAGAAAUGUGGGAUGUUCACGAUCAAGUUAUUAUAGACCGGGGUGAUAUUGUCGAAGAAGCCAUUGAUGAUGCUGAAGGACAUCAUCAUCGACAUCGUAGACAUGGAGGAUUUGGUGAAAAUGAUGUGGUAUUAGAUAGUGGUGAAAUUCACGAUGGAUAUGUGGAUCGUCUCAAUUUUAAUUGGGGAUGGAAUCAACCCGGUUCACUCUUUAUGAAUGAUGACGAUUUUAUUCCAGGCCGUCCAAGUCGCGCCUUAUUUAGCUUUGGUAAUAGACGUCAUCGACAUAUUCCCGGUGGUCGUCGUGCUAUUUUAGAAGUUCCACCGGAAGGUCUCGACUAUGUAAUAGGUGAUUCUGUUGGUUAUGGAUUUAAUUUUGGCACAAAUGAUGAAGUUGAUAUUCCCGGUAUCGGCAGAAAUAGACCAAUGCCCGGCGCUAGCGAUGAUGUUACUACACAUCCAUUACUUGUUAACAGAACAUCGAACCUUCCUAAUAUCUCUGGAACGAGUGGAGUAGAAUUUGUAAGAGGCAGAAAUGUCCGAAAUGGACCAUUAAGUGACUGGACACAGUCCAUUGAAGAACUGAUAGGUGGUGGUGCUGCUCAAUUAAUAGAACAAUUGUUAACUAGAAGUCGUGGUUUAGGACAUUCCACUUACAGACUUGAAUUAAAUACAGGUUCGGGAAGUUUAAUUAGUGGUAUCGAAGUUGACCGAAUAAUUCCUAGAUCAAUAACAAACGCUCAAGAUAAUCAAAAUGUUACCUCUCCGAGUGAUCCAAUUACCGCAGUUCAAGAAUUUAUGCCAGUGUCGACUGGACAAAGAUGGUAUGACGAAGCUCGAAUGAUGUACGGUAAUUCUGUAUCUGAAAAGGCUACAAAACUAGUUAAUCAUAUAUUAAACGGAUUAAUUCCCCUUGCAUUGGAAGAAGAUAAAAAGAAAAAAGAGAAAGAAGAGAGAGAACGCGAAGAAAGAAGAGUCCGUGAAGAAGAAAAUCGAAGAAAAGCAGAAGAAGAAAGACAAGAAUUAGAAGUCACAACAAAAGCUAGGGUUGAAGGUUUAGAAGCUGAAGCCGCUGCUCGAGUUGAAGGUUCACAAAAUGUAACAGUUGAUCAAUCAAUGGCUGAAGGUACCACAGAACCUGAAGAAGUUAUUGAAGUAACUGAAACAACUGAAAUUAUUGAACUUGGAGAUGCCAUGCAAGAAGAUGCCCCUGAAACCAGAACUGAAGAAGAUCCUGAUGCUAUGGAUGCUGAACCAUCUCCGGCGCCUGAAAUUUCACUUGCAACUUCUGAUAAUAAUCCAGCCAUGGAGGAGGAACCGACUACCAUAGAAGGUACUACUACUAUUACACAAACCUCUCAAGCAGCGGUUGAAGGAACGACUGAAGGUUCGAAUGAAACUCAAGUUGCAAGGACGACUGUAGUGGUCAACGGUCAAACUAUAGAUAUUACAGAUACUGGAAUUGACCCAACUUUCCUUGAAGCGCUUCCUGACGAAUUACGUGAAGAAGUUAUAAACCAACAUUUACCUCCGGAGAGAAGAAACAGACCUCCAGUAAGCGGUGCAGGAGAUGCUAUUAGUAAUGAAUUUUUGGAAGCCUUACCUGAUGAUUUACGAGAAGAAAUUCUUCAACAAGAAGCAGCAGCUCUUGAACAAGAAAGAAGAGAACGUCAACGAAAUGUUGAACCUGUUGCCGCUGACAUGGAUACUGCAAGUUUCUUUGCUUCAUUGGAUCCUCAAUUAAGACGAACUGUCCUACUUGAGCAAGAUGAGAUGGUUUUGGCUUCAUUACCUCCAGCAAUUGUUGCAGAGGCAAAUGCUUUGCGAGAAAGAGCAAGUAGGAGAUAUACAAAUGCAGUACGUUCAAGAACCAUUGCUAGUACUACCCCAGCCGUACCAACUCCUAAGAAACCUACUAUUCAACGUGAUGCAAUGAAACUAGUUGAUACUUCAGGAUUAGCCACAUUGAUUAGAUUAUUAUUCUUACCGCAACCUUUGGGUAAUAAGAACUUACUUCAUAAACUAUUGCUUAAUCUUUGUGAAAAUAGUAAAACUCGUGGCGAGUUGAUUUCGAUGUUACUUUCAGUCCUUUAUGAUGGAAGUGGGGAUGUAGCUGCUGUUGAUAAGAGCUUUGCCCAAAUGUCUUUACGUACAAAAAGCAAUUCUAAAGGUACACCAAGAAGGCAGUCAAGUGCACCAAAUCCUUCCCUUGCUCAAAUAACUCAAGCAGCUGGAGAAAAUGUUCCUAAUUUGAUCGCUCAGAGAUGUUUAGAAGCUUUGACAUAUAUUGUAACCUAUAAUGAGGCAUCAGUUACGUAUUUCUUAAUGGAACAUGAAAAUAACAUUGGACUUAAAAGAUCAAAUAGUCGUAAGGGCAAAGAAAAACAAGCAAAAUCCGUUGUAAGCAAAUAUCCUGUUGUGAUACUACUUAGUCUUUUAGAUCGACAAGUCUUUAUCAAAAAUACAACAUUAAUGGAUCAAUUAAUGCACUUAUUAUCAUUCGUUUUACGACCUUUAUCAUCUUUAUCAAAAUCGGAAUCAUCGGCGUCACCUGAUAAAGCAAAUGAAGACGGUUCUUCAACACAAGGCAACAACAAUAAUGAAAGUAAUUCCAAUCAAAAUCCCGAAACUGAAAAUAAUCAAAAUAAUAAUUUAAUUGGACAGUCUAUUCAACUACAACAACAGUCCGAUAUUGAACAAAGCUCCAAUAAUGUCAAUCAAUCUUCGAAUGCUCCUAAUGAUCAAAGUAGCAACGUUAUUAUAGAGACAAAUGACAUUAGUGACAAUAAUGACAAUAUUAAUACACCCGGAAAUGAAACGACUCAAGAUAAUGCGACAGCUUCUUCAUCAAAGCAAUCAGGAUCAGAAAAACCCCCUGCACUCAAGCCACCUGUUAUACCUGACUAUUGUUUACGUUUAGUAGUGAAUGUCUUGACUGCCGGUGAAUGUACAAGUAAUACUUUCAAAUAUACGCUUUCAGUUAUUCAACAUCUUUCUACGUUAAGUGGAGCCCGUGAUGUAAUAACGUCAGAAUUAGUCGAACGUGCUCAGUUACUUGGAAACGAUAUAUUGGACGAUCUUGAUGAAUUGGCAAAGAUUUUAGAUAAUGCGAAUACUGGCGUGGAUGUGCAAGGAGUCACUCUAUCCAAAUUUUCACCUUCAUCUUCCAAACAAGCCAAAUUAUUACGUGUUCUCAAGACUAUUGAUUAUAUGUAUUCUCGUAAACAACAAUCAAAUACAACUUCAUCAAGUGCACAAGUAGUUUCGUUGGCUCCUACCAUCGAUCCUGAUGAAAUAGAAUCAGUCGCACCACGGACAUUACUAGAUAGUAGCACUCGAAAUGCUAAAUUGACUGAUGAUGAAGCCAAAGUUAUGAAAAUAUAUGAGACUCUCAACUUCACUGAAUUAUGGAAGAGAUUAGGAAAAUGUUUGACCACCAUACAUGAAAAACCAGAUAUGAUUCAUGUGGCAACUGUUCUUUUACCACUUAUAGAGUCUUUGAUGGUUGUGUGCAAAUACGUUGGUAUGACAGCAUCAACAAGCCAGAGAAUAUCCUCACCAGGACCGUAUAAUUAUCCUCCUGAAAGCAUGGAAGAUCUAUUCUUUACAUUUACGGAAGAUCAUCGUAAGAUUCUUAAUACAAUGGUUAGGAACAAUCCAUCAUUAAUGAGUGGAUCAUUCUCUUUAUUGGUUCAUAAUCCAAAGAUCCUUGAAUUUGACAACAAGAGGAAUUAUUUCAACCAACAACUUCAUAAACGAACUAAUGCACGGGAACAUUAUGGUUCUUUACAACUUAAUGUUAGACGUCAAUAUGUAUUUGAGGAUUCUUUCCAAAACUUACAAAGAAGAACUGGAGAUGAAAUCAAGUAUGGCAAACUUAGCGUACGGUUCUAUGAAGAGGAAGGUGUUGAUGCUGGUGGUGUAACGAGAGAGUGGUUCCAAGUUCUUGCAAGGCAAAUGUUUAACGAAAACUAUGCAUUAUUCAAAACAUCAGCCGCAGAUAGACUUACUUAUCAACCAAAUAGAGCUUCAGGUGCAAACCCAGAACAUUUAUUAUUCUUUAAAUUUGUUGGACGUGUCAUUGGCAAAGCUAUUUAUGAUGGAAGGCUAUUAGAUGCAUAUUUUACACGUUCUUUCUACAAACAUAUUCUUGGAAAAGCUGUUGAUUAUCGUGAUGUUGAAGCCAUAGAUUUAGAGUAUUAUAACAGUUUAGUCUGGAUGUUGAAUAAUGAUAUUACUGGAGUAGUUGAUCUGACGUUUAGCGUCGAAACCGAUGAUUUUGGUCAAAAGAAGAUUAUUGAUUUGAAACAAGAUGGUAGAAAUAUCUCAGUUACAGAAGAGAAUAAACGAGAAUACGUUAUGCUUGUAACGGAACAGAAACUUACAUUAGCUAUCAAGGAUCAAAUUGAGAACUUCCUUGCUGGUUUCCAUGAAAUUAUUCCAGCACAUUUAAUUAGCAUAUUCAAUGAACAAGAGUUAGAAUUGUUGAUUUCGGGCAUGCCAGAUAUUGAUAUUGAUGAUUGGAAAAAUAAUACAGAAUAUCAAAAUUAUACACCUUCAUCUCCACAAAUACAAUGGUUUUGGAGAGCUGUACGAAGUUUUGAUCAAGAAGAGAGAGCGAAACUUUUACAAUUCGUUACGGGAACUUCAAAGGUACCAUUGGAAGGUUUCUCUGCCCUUCAAGGUGUCCAUGGUGUUCAAAAGUUCCAAAUUCAUAAAGAUUUUGCCAGUCCAGAUCGUUUGCCAUCUGCUCAUACUUGUUUCAAUCAAAUAGAUAUACCUGAAUAUGACAAUUAUGAGCAGUUAAGAGCACAAUUAUUAUUGGCAAUCUCUGAAGGAACAACGGGAUUUGGAUUCCAAUAA